AUGGGCGCGACCCCCUUUCAUCGUUCCAUCCUCGAGGUCCGGCUACCAAAGCACUUUGAUAAGCCGACUGACAUGAGGUAUGACGGAACCCAAGACCCCCAGGAACACCUGACGACCUUCGAGGCCAGGAUAAACCUGGAAGGAGUUGGAGAUGAGGUGAGGUGCCACGCUUCCCCGGUCACCUUGGCGGGGCCAGCGAUACGGUGGUUCAACAGCCUCCCGCAGGGCUCGGUGGCUAGGUUUUCAGACAUCAGCCACGCUUUUCUGGCCCAAUUUACAACCAGAAUCGCAAAGGUAAAACACCCAAUCAAUUUGCUCGGGGUAACUCAGAGGUCCGGCGAGCCGACCAAAAAAUAUCUAGAUCGGUUUAACAACGAGUGCUUAGAGAUCGACGGGCUAACCGACUCAGUAGCUAGUCUGUGUUUGACGAACGGGCUCCAAAACGAGGACUUUAGAAAGCACCUCACCACGAAGCAGGUGUGGAUAAUGAAGGAGAUCCAAAAUGUAGCCAGGGAAUACAUUAAUGAUGAAGAAGUCAGUCAAGUCGUGGCUGCCAACAAGCGGCAGCCCUCCUACAAUCAACCCCGGCAGCACGGUAGCAGAGAAAGGAAAAAGGAACACACCAGAGAUGGUGGUCCGAGCAAGGCACCCAGGCCGUUCCCUCGAGUCAGGAAGUUUACCAAUUACACUCCCCUCACUGUCCCCAUCAUAGAAGUUUAUCAACAGAUAGCCAAGAAGGGAAUAUUGUCAAAGCCUCGACCUCUGAAGGACCGAACCGGAGGGAACAAGAGCCUUUAUUGUGACUAUCAUAAGGGCUAUGGACACAAGACACAGGACUGCUUCGACCUGAAGGAUGCGCUGGAAUAA